UGGACCACACGCUGGGGUAUAUAAGGUAGUGCCAAGGCACCAGUCAUCAUCUUCCGUGCCAGCUCCUCGCCCUUUUAGCAGCAGCAAGCGAUACUCAGCUCCCCGCUCCUGUAGCAGCAGCAGCAAGCAAUACUCAGCUCCACGCUCCUGCAGCAGCAGCAGCAAGCAAUACUCAGCUCCACGCUCCUGUAGCAGCAGCAGCAAGCGAUACUCAGCUCCACGCUCCUGUAGCAGCAGCAGCAGCAAGCAAUACUCACUCCGCCGUCAUGAAGUUGGUAAUAUUGGUGACGUCAGUGUUGUUGAUCCUCAGUGUUGGGAUGAUGGCUGUCCACGCUAUGCCUGAACCCAUCUUUAAGUUUAAAAAGUUUAAGAAAGGCGGUGGCUAUGGUGGCUAUGGUGGCUAUGGUGGCUAUGGAGGCUAUGGUGGCUAUGGAGGCUACGGCGGCUAUGGUGGCUACGGCGGCUAUGGAGGCUAUGGUGGUUACGGCGGCUAUGGAGGCUACGGGAAGUACGGCGUCAGCGGCUAUGGCGGGUACGGCGGGUACGGGGUACGGUGGGUUUGGUGGCUAUGGUUACGGGGGCGGCUAUUAUUAAUCUAGCCAGGAAGGAGUGUAACAACUUUCUAACACGACUUCUUUGUAACUCCUGUGUGUGGUCUGCCAGGGCGCAGUGAAGUGGCCUCUAUGUCCGCUCUGCUGGGGCAGUGAAGCGGCCUCUAUGUCCGCUCUGCUGGGAUCUUAAGCUGAGUAGUCAGUUUUUCUAUGUAAUAUUUAUCAUUCUCAACAUUCACAGAUGUAUGUCAUUCACUUCCAUUAUGACCAGGUUUAAGUUUGUUUUUCUUCUUGUACUGCAGUUUAAUAAUGUUAGUAACUAAGUAUGGUAAUUUAUGCUAAUAAAUCUAUUCCUUAGAAGCAUUUCUUUUUCUUUAUCUCUCUAACAAUAAUAAAGAAUGAUGCAAUCCACUUCAAUCUCGACUGCUGUCUGUAGGACAGACAUCGAUAACGCUCUUGACGAGGCUCUAAGUCUUGGAUGUUUCCACUGGAACCACAUUUCUUCGUUGUAGCCAUUGGCUACACCACUUCUGUUUAAUAAACAGCAGAUGCCACCGUCCUCUGUUACUUGCCUAGCUUCAGCACAGGACCAGUCGUGCCCUGAGUGCUUAGUACAAUCAUCAGCCGGUCAUAGGCACAUAUUGAGUCUCAAUCAGAGGAUCAGUGAAACUUUUAUUGCCUGACUAAAAGCCAGAAUAAUAUUGGAACAUUUCUCAAGAAUGUGGAGCCUUUGCCUUGUCACCUGAGUUGGAGCUGUCUGUUUGUUCAAGUGUUACCAGCUGCCUCACGUUACUGUACACGCGGCAUCUCAGAGCAUAUGGGUAGAUUGUUCCGUACUGGCCUUUCCAUGGAACAUCAUCUAAGAGAUUGCACCUCAUGUCUCUGAAUCCCUGUUAAUUGUCAGAAUGAGGAAUCGACUGAACAGCUUCAUUACAUCUAUUCG